AUGAACUUGGCGUCGUCUUCUGCGAAUGGGAAGAAAUUCGUGCUCAUUAUUCAUGGAGGGGCUGAAACAGUCAUCAAGAGGGUUAUUACACCCGACCAAAUCGCAGCCUACCGUGCUGCACUACACGAUGCACUCAAUGCAGGCUACAAGGUUCUCAGCGAGGGAGGAGAGGCUAUGGAUGCUGCAGUAGCGGCAGUUGUGACCAUGGAAGAUAAUGAGUUGUUUAACGCUGGGAAAGGAGCUGUGUUCAAUGUCGAUGGCAAGAACGAAUUAGAGUCCUCAAUAAUGCUCUCCAAACCUCCAUCUUCGCAUCCGGGAAUACCUCCAUCUCGGAGAGGUCUUGGAUUAACCCUGUUGGCCCACACUCGGAACCCUUCCAAACUUGCGAGAGCUCUAUACGUUGAACCCUCCCUCGCACCUCAUACAUUUCUGUCUAGUUUCGCUGCGGAGUCGAUCGGAGAGCAGCUCGGGGUAGAAAUGGUCGAUCCGUCAUAUUUCUUUACAGAAAGGCGAUGGAAGGAGCACCGUCGAGGGUUGGGACUGCCUGACGAACCUUAUCCUCCGGGUGCAGGCAAAACGGCAGGUACUGGGGAGGUCAAUGCUGUCCCUGAGAUGAGUCCUAAAGGUACAGUGGGUGCCGUUGCACUCGACGUCAAUGGUUGUAUCUGUACUGUCACUUCGACCGGUGGCAGAACGAACAAGCUGGUUGGGCGAAUUGGUGAUACACCGCUUAUGGCAAGUGGCUUUUGGGCCGAAGCUUGGGAGGUCGGUGGCUUGCAAUCUAUUUGGAACAAGAUCAUUGGGCGGAGCACGGAACGUGCGAUAGGGAUCUCUGGUACUGGCGAUGGCGAUUAUUUUAUCCGUCAUGCCGCGGCCGCUACGAUUGCUCACCGGGUCAAAUUUCUGGGCGAGACCAUCGAUGUCGCGUCCGAGACCGUACUCGAGGAACUUUUGGUAGAUGGAGGUAUCGGUGGUGUGAUCGUUCUGGAGAAUGAAGGCAAUGUGAGCCUUCGGAUGAACGGACAUGGAAUGUAUCGAGGCGUGAUAAGGGAAGACGGGGUCGGAAAAGUUGCCAUUUUCAAAGAGGAUGCCCUGGAGGAGUAA